AUGAAACUUUUUUAUGCUCUUUUUGCGUCUGAGGUUCUCGCGAGGAGAGAAAGAGCUCAACCAUAUCGACAAAUUAUAACGGACCCUGAUAAGCUUUACUUUGCGCCUGUUAGACGACAAAUCACGGAUGUCGAGUCGAUGAACAAAGAUGAGUUCAAAAUCUACAACAACAAGGCAGUCCAAGAGCUGCGAUUCAAGGAUCCACGUCAACUCACUUUGGAUGAAGCGGAAGAUAUUGCCGAUUUCUAUGCGAACCUGCGUAAAUGGCAAGCUCGAAUGGACGACGACGAGGAACGAGAGCUCUGGAGAAAAGAGAAGAUUCAUCAAAAGAAGAUGAUGAAGCAGAAAGAAAGAAAAAAAUUCGGAAAAGGGAAGAAAAAAGGAAAAGUCGAUAAAGUUGAGAAAGGCAAUAAGAAAAAUGCGACAAGGGAUGACUACAUCGAGAUGAGAGAACGAAUGGAACGAGAGGAAUUCGAGCGAAUGAGAAAAUUUGAGGAUCCAUCGUUCGAGGGAUACGAUGACUAUGAAGAGGAAAUCAUCAUGGACGACGAUGAGGACAACGACACCGCAGAAGAUCGUAAACGUCGAGAUGCUGAAAAGGAGAAGGUCUCCACCGGAGCCGACGAUAUUGGUAAGAAAAUGAGAGGGAGGCGCGAUGCAAGAAUGUUUGAAAUGCCGUUACCACAAGAAGAUGAUGUUGAGUAUAUCGAUGAAGAUGAUGAAGACGAUGACGAGCCGCGCUACAAACACUACCGUGAAGACGGUUUGCCUCACCCUCGAGAGUAUUUCGGCAAGCAUGAAGAAGAGGAGGAAGAAAUACAUUAUAGCGAGGACCAACUCUACAGAGACAAUUUAAGAGUCCAAGAAAUUACUGCACAGCUCUUCCAGACUCAAGGCGACAUGGAAUUUGAUGCUGUUUGGGAUAGAGUCAAAAUGCACAUUCCCGAAUCCUUUGCGAAGGGAAAAGACGACUGGAAGCUCAAGGCGAUCUUCCAACAACAAGCUCAAAAUAUGAGAGACGAUGAAAAUCUUCGAAUGCGCGCAGCUGAAGUCAUCCAAAAACAACGCGCUGAGAAGGAGCAUUACCAGCGAUUCGCGAGAAAAAUGAUGGACAAAUAUGAAGGAGAUCUUUAG